UGUUAAUUCGCCGAGUUUAUAUAAACCUGUUGAACAGUCUGCUGCACGAUUGUGGUGCCAGAGGCUGUUUUGUGCGCGGGAAAUCGUGUUCGGAAGUGUCACGGAAGACGACGAAUCGUUCGUAGAGAAGCGAGCAACGAUCAUCGUGGCAGUGAUCGCGCCAGCGAUCUCCCUGAUCCCAGCAGAGCCAUUCGUCAUCGUUGGUCGAAUUAAGAUAGCCUGAUCAGGAAACGCGAUCAUCUCCAUUCAGACACACAGUUUUCGCGGCAAUCCCGUGCCGACGAUAUCGUGAAACAAUAAAAAUCUGUCGUGUCACGCGAGGACUAUGAGAUGAUCGACGGCCACCAGUGAGGGAGAAACGAGCUUUUUGCAACGGCCGGAUGUUAUAAGGCUAUCUCUGGAUCAAAAUGGGAAAGGGAAUGUUCGCCAGUCGAAAGCAACAAGUAUGCCAGCUGUUCUUUGUUCAAGUCAUCCUAAUCGUGCUAAUGGGCGCGUUGAUGACGUUCGAGCCAGAGGAAAACGCUAAUUUGCUAAAGGAUUAUACAGGUGACCACGGCCGGAAGCACGUCAAGAAGCCGGAUACGGACCCGUUACGAGUUUAUCCGAUGUAUCAAGAUGUCCACGUGAUGAUCUGGAUCGGAUUCGGCUUCCUCAUGACGUUCCUCAGGAGAUACGGUCAGAGCGCCAUCGGACUCACGUUCCUCCUAGGCGCCAUUUUGGUCCAAGUCGCCAUAAUCUGCGAAGGCGUCGUGCACAUCGGCAAGGACAACAAGUCUUACCUAUCCUUGAAAAGCCUGCUGAGCGCGGACGUUGCGGUGGCCACGCCGUUGAUAUCCAUGGGCGCUGUGCUCGGUAAGACGACCUACAUGCAGCUCGUGUUCAUGGGCAUCCUCGAGCUGAUCAUGUUCACCGUGAACAAGUACGUGGGCGAGCAUCUGCUCAUGGUUGUCGAUGCUGGAGAUAGCAUGUUUGUUCACGCAUUCGGAGCCUAUUUCGGACUCGCUGUCAGUUUCGUAUUAGGAAUGAAGGGCAGGCCCAAGGAACAUCAUCUCGAAGGACCGUCCUAUAACUCCGAUAUUUUUGCCAUGAUCGGCACGGUGUUCCUAUGGUUGUUCUGGCCGUCGUUCAACAGCGCCGCCCUCGAAGGGGACGAUCAGCAAAGGGCCAUUAUAAACACCUUUCUGUCGAUCUCGGCCAGCUGUGUGAUCGCGUUCGCGACCUCCGGCCUGGUCUCGAAGGAUAGCAAAUUCAACAUGGUGCACGUGCAGAACUCGACGCUGGCCGGCGGUGUAGCCAUCGGCACCGCGGCAGGCAUGAUGUGCACUCCGGUAGGAGCCUUGAUCGUCGGCGCUUUGGCUGGGCUACUCAGCGUGCUUGGAUACAAGUAUCUCACGCCACUCAUCCAGAAGCGUUUGAGGAUUCACGACACGUGCGGCGUGCACAAUCUUCACGGCAUGCCCGGUGUUCUAGCCGGCAUCUUUGGCGCGCUGAUGGCCGGCAUCGCCACUGAAAGCUCUUACGAUUAUUCCCUUUACGAGAUCUUCCCUGCACGAGCACCAAGCACUGAGGCAAUGUUGGCAGAGAUGAGGGAUAAUUAUGGCAUAUCUCCUGGCUUGAAUAGAACAGCGGGACAGCAGGCUGCUUAUCAAUUGUUAGUGCUUGUGAUCACUCUAGGAAUCGCCAUCGUUUCAGGUUUAAUAACAGGUUUAAUGAUGCGUAUGUCGAUCUGCGGUUCAAUUCCCGAGGAGCAAAAGUUCGACGAUGAAGCCCAUUGGGAACUGGAAGAGGAAUCCUUGGAAGAAUCAAAAACCAAAGAAGGCAACUGCAGCAACGAUCAAUUAUCCAUGGGUCACAUUUAGGAUCUGUUCUUAUCAACAGCAGCAAACACUUGUAAAAAAAAGAAAAGAAAAUUAUAAUUCUAAAU